CGUACCGACUACAGUCUGUAAGUCGCAUAACUCAUUGACCAGACGGCUGAUUCAUUCCCUCCUGCUGGACCGACAUCCCCCUUAGUUCAUGUGGUUGGUCAAGCCAAACGACCUCGACCACCGUACCAACAGCUUUCGUUUGGUCCAACUGGCUUGACCAACCCUCGACAACUCGGUGGACUGUUGGUCAAGCGAGUCAAGUUCAAGGCAGGCCAUCAACAUACGUCAGUACGCAACGUCGCAUACAUAAGCUUCGAGUCCACCUAUACAAUGAUUCUCUUUGGACACGUCGACCCUUUCCCUGCUUAUCCGCGUCAAUGUCCUCCAAUCCCUCUUCGUCGGUGGGCCUGCCUUCUGACCUCAUGGCCAACGUUGCACAGCUGGUCCAGCAGGCAGUCUCGCAGGCCAUGGCAUCAGCCUCUGCUGCCUCUCCUUCCCCUCCUUCAUCCACGAACUCUGCCAUGGGACCGCCUCCGAUACAGCCACCACCACCCACACAGCCUCCUCCCUCUACGCAGCCCCCGUCGUCAGCUCAGCCUACCUUUCCUACGAACGCGUCCGUCUUUCCGUCUCCUCAGGGCGUUGGCGCUUGUGGAUCCGUCCUAUCCGCUCUUGCGGGACCUUCGGCAAUCCCUCUGUCAUCCGCGGCUCCCAUCACGCCUUACCGCUCUAUCUCAGCCGGCAGCACUGUCACUAGUCCUGGUGUUCCUGGUCUCCGCGCCCUGGCGUCGCAAGGCGGAUCCGCAUCCACCCCUCGCCUGACCGCCAUACUCCGGCAGCGUAUCAACGACGCCAAUCAGGAGCGGCUCGAGCAUAGCGCUGCGGGUCGGGAUCAAGAUGGGAGGGGCGGCACAAGCCUCAGCAGCCGACGAGGUAACAGCACCACUGCGCCUCGGCGGUCUCGUGGGCCCGCAGCAAGGAGACCGACGUUGAGGGACUGCCUUCCUAGGAAGCAGCUUCCUUCCGUCGACGAUGUGAUUGUGGCGUGCGCCGAUCCCACUUCUCAGCAGCAGGUUGUGGCCGCCAACAUCACCGUUCAUGUUCUCUUUUCUUUCAUCGAAAGCUCCGACAACGCGACUUUUGGAAUGACUAAGCAUUCGAUACUCUACACCGACACUGACGCUCACGAGGCGUGUCUACGCCAAUGCGAGCUUGUUUUCGAGCACCACGAUCCUGUGGCGCUGGAGACGACCGUCGACCAAAUUCUCACAGAUACGCAGGUUCGGAUGGAGGAGGUCGGCUGGAUCUUUCAGCAAAGGGCCGGUAGUGUUUCUCUUCGAAGCUCGCGCGCUCCGCUGUCUUUGGUUGGUCUCGUCAAUCAUGGCGUGCACAUUGCUGCGCCUCCCCCGCACGAGCUAUGCAGGAUCAAGCUCCGUCCCGAGCCCCCUAGCACGACGCUCGGCCAGCUCAUCCAAAACCCGUACUUCAUGAGCCCACGCAAGCCUGAGCUCUCCAUUGCCGGCAAUCGGUUUAUUAUUCGUCUGAUGAGUACUCUACCCAUUGGGCGUCGUGUGAGUCUGAAAGACCUGCGGCUCAGUGAUGACGACGACGAAGUGCGUCUGCACUGGUGCUUGUCUAUCAGGGUCAAGCUUGCCAUGACCGACUCCGCCGCAUAUCCUGAGUUGGACCAUUUGAUAUGCGAACACUGCGAGUGCGACAGAGGAAGCUCUGCCAAUCGCAUCCGUCCCCGCCUUCCAUGCGCGUCCACGCCGGCACACCCGGCUUCAAUGCGGACGCGAACUACCACCGGCCAGAUGGGUACGGAAUCUAUUGACUCCGAAGCCGAGUCUACUGAGGUGGCUCGAAGCCUGAUAGAUGAUCGCCAAACUAUCGAUUUCCCUUCGUCUCUCUCAGAUCUCUGGGAGUGUCCUGCGCUUCGCUCACUGGACCACGACUUCGAUAUCCCUCCAUUCACUCUGCAUCAGCUCCCAGAGGCCGCACUGGAAGUGGUUGGGCACUACCACCGUCGCGCUGGACUGGGGGACCCCGCUCGUCUUUGUCUACGCGCACGCGAUCAGCAGGAUAUGAACCACAUGCUAGGCGUCGAGAUUGAAAAGGCCAUGCGCCAGCAGGACUACUCGCACUUGCUCAGCCCGAGCCGCGUCUUCACCAUAGAGGGCCAUCGCUAGCGCGUGGCAUACGGUGGGUUAGGAAGUUGUCUCGGGUUUUCCGUUCUUAUUUGGUUAAAUGAGUAAUAUCUACUUAAACUACCUUAUCUCCCGCGUAGGUUAACCUCUAUUUGCGUGCGCUCGUAAACAUGUAAAGCUCUGUUACGAUGCCCGGUAAAUACUAUGUGCUGGUCGUCGCUCGCUGAUCCAUGAC